GUAUAUUGUAGGUACAUGAUACAAAUGUGGAAAGUGUAAAGCAUGUUUAUGUUGUUUUAGUUGUAUAUUUCAUAGUAUUUGUAGGCUAAAAUAUCAUAAAUAUUUAAUAAACUGAUUUGCAAAGUAUUCGUUUAGUUAAAUGUGACUAAAAACAAUGUAUUAUUAUAGAACAUUCUAAAAAGGUAUAAAAAUACUUUUGACAAUAAAAAUAGAGCUAUACUCUACACACCAUGUCGUCUGGUAAAAAGUGUAAGCAUUGUGGAUCGUCUGAAAUAGAGGUAGACCCUGCCCGAGGCGACGCAGUAUGCACAAAUUGCGGUUCCGUGUUAGAAGACAGUAUAAUUGUUGCCGACAUAGAGUUUCAAGAAACAGCACAUGGCGGAGCCUCGGUUAUUGGACAAUUCGUUUCAGCAGAUUCUAAAGGGGGAGCCUCUGGUUUCGGUAGAGCAUACAGUUCAGGCAUAGGACAAGAAUCCAGAGAAGUAACAUUACGCAAAGCUAGAGAUGGAAUAACGGCUUUAAGCCAACAGCUACGUCUCAAUCCACAGUGCAUUGACAUGGCUUGUAACUUUUUCAAAAUGGCUCUAGUGCGGCAUUUAACAAUUGGAAGACCUGCAGCUCACACUCAGGCAGCGUGUGUGUACAUGACUUGUCGAACCGAAGGGACUGCACAUCUUCUGAUUGAUAUAAGUGACGCACUCCAGAUAUGCUGUUAUCAAUUAGGCCGCACUUACUUCAAGUUGUCCAGAGCCUUGUGCAUCAAUAUUCCUCCAACUGACCCAUGUUUGUAUAUAUUGCGUUUUGCGUCGCAAUUACAGUUCGAAGACAAGCAACACGAAGUGAGCAUGACAGCGCUGCGUCUUGUGCAGAGGAUGAAAAGGGACUCCAUACAUUCUGGGCGACGACCUUCUGGUAUAUGUGGAGCUGCUCUACUCAUAGCGGCCAGGAUACACAAUUUCUCCCGAACACCGGCUGAUGUGGUGCGUAUAGUGAAAGUCCACGAGUCAACGUUACGGAAGAGACUUAUGGAAUUCGGCGACACCCCGUCCAGCGCACUCACAUUGGACGAGUUCAUGUCAGUCGACCUGGAAGAAGACCAGGAUCCACCGGCGUUCAGGGCGGCGAGAAAGAGGGAUAAAGAACGUUUACAAAAGUUAUUAGAAGAAGAAGACGGCGAAAAAGAACUAACAGAGCUUCAGAAAGAGAUAGAAUCUCAGUUAGAAAAGGACAACAUGAAACGGAAACGAGGGCCCGCCCCUGCUUCUGCAUCGUUACUUCAAAGUGCAGAUAAAGAAGAAAGGGUCUGUGAAGAUGCUGAAGCGACUCGUUUCGCGGCUGAGAAGACGAUGAGCAUCAUCGAUGAGCUGGCCAAGCAGUCUGUGUCCAAGGAGAGUGAGGAGAAAGAGUUGGGUCCAGAAAUAGCUGUAAUUGGUAUCACGCCAACCGAAGAGAAGUCAGACACAUUCCUGAAGCCGGAACCGAAGAGUCAGUUCAACAGCAACAUCCACAAUUGCGAAGAGUUGGUGAUGAGUGAGAGGGACGAAGAAUACAUCAGCUCGCUAAUCAUGUCGCAAGAGGAAGCGAGACACAAGACCAAGAUGUGGAAUAUGGUCAACGCGGGGUAUUUGAAGGAGCAGAAAAUCAAAGAAGAAAUGCGCGCUAGAGAACGCGAAGAGGGCAAAGAUAAAAAGAAAAAAGUUCGCGGUUCAUACAAGAAGAAGGUCAAUUGUAACGCAGCAACCGCUGGAGAGGCGAUCGGCAAAAUGCUGGCCGAAAAGAAGAUGAGCUCGAAAAUUAAUUACGACAUACUAAAGAGUCUCGACCAGCCGGGGGUGUCCAUACCCGUGACGUCAUCAACGGUAACCGAUAGCUUCAAGAAUCUGUGUACGAGUAUAGUCACACCGGUCGUUAUGGAUUCGAAUGAUAAACCAACAAAAGAGCCCCCAGCAGACAAAGUGCCCAGUGCGCCUGCGCCAAAGAAACGAAAGAAGAAAGCGACUCCCACGCUGAAUACGAGUGCUGGGGAGGCGAGCUCGGACUCCGCCCCCGCCACACCGGCGCCCGCGUCGGACUCCGCCCCCGCCACGCCUGCGCCUAAUACCCCAGGACAGAAAGAACCAGAAGUGGAAGAUUAUGAAGAUGAAAUGGAAGCGGAUACGAACGAAGCGGACUCCGAAUUGUCUCUGGCGGCCAUGUUGCAAACACAGCAAGAGGACGAUUAUUAUGAUUAUGAAGAGUAUUGAACAAAUAUUCCAAACGCGUUAAAAAUGGACUGGUUGUAAUUCUUCAAUAUAAGUUAGGGAGUCCUGCAGAUUUUAAAAGUUUAUUGCCAAGCGUGAUGAAAUUUUAUAUUCAAGGAAUUAUGUAUAGAUCGUAUUGUUAGAAAGGAACUUACUUGCUUUAAAGUACAAUUACGUAUUAAUAUAUAAAAUUGAGCAUGAAAUCACGGCUGCUAUAAAAUAAUGUCUUAUACCUUAUAGCCUUAUGCCAUUAUUUACUUGUAGUUUAGUAGUUUUUCCUAUGCAAAUCGACAAAUAACUAAAAACAUAAUGCUCAGCCUACUCAAUUUUUUGUUAUAUUAAUAUCAUCAAUAUUUGUUUAAAAUUUUAAUGAUUUGUAACUUUGUAGUAACGAGUUAUUCAAUAGUCAACAGCUUUUUUUAACUUUUAAUCUCUUCAAAACGUUUUAUUGUAAUUUUUAUUUCUUAUGUAAAUUUUGCACUAUAUCUGUUCAAUAAUUUAAGCUGUAUAUUUACUAUAUUUUUAAUUGUUUAGGGUACUAUGUACUUGUAUAUAAUUUUUUUUAACAUAAAUAAAAUCACUCUAAAAGUUUGGUUCAAAUUGUAACAUACGAAUCGAUGUGAAUAAAUUUAUUGGCGUAAAAACUUUCAAAGUUACGAAAUAAUAACAAUUAUUUUUGUUAUGCGUAUGAGUAUGUGUAUUGUUAUUUAUUAUGUGUAUGUGAUAUUCAGGGUUGGAUAAUAGCCCACUAUUGACUCAAUGGAGUGAUGAGAAAUUUUGAAAGAAUAGAAUCAAAAAUUUGAUAACGAGGCGGGAUUCGAACCCGCGUUUUUUGCCAAACCGUAGCAACGCCUACGGCCACCCGUGAUCUUGCUACAGUAAUCAAAUUUCUUCUAUUGAGAUGAUUAAUCAUCAAACUAAAAAUUAUAUUCGAUUGAGUGAUGCUAAUUCUAGUAGCGUUAAUGAGUACUGAAUAUUAUCAAGAUAAUCCAUACUUUGUUAUUUAAGUAAACAUUUUAACUGAUGGCUUAUAUAUAAUCUGAGGCAUCUCUACUCGAAUGAUACUGAGGUUGCGCUAUGCGUUAUUAUUUAUUAAUUUGUUUUAUAAAGUAAUCAUAAAAUACUGCAUACAUUCAGUUAUGUAAUAUAAUGUGUGUAUAAUUAAUGAAGCGUUUCUAAUUAAUGUAAAUCUAUUACCUGGUGUAUGAAACGAUCAUAAAGGAAUUUUACCACUACUAAUCAAUUUUAGUUGCUGUAAAGUUUAAGUAGUGCCGUAAACUGAAUUAGACUGAUACGUAUAUUUAAUGAAAUUAUUUCUAAGAAUAAGGUUUUAUUGUUACGUUUUGUACAAGAAUACGGUAUGUAAAGGUUUUUGAAUUAAAAAAGCAUAAUUCACAUAAAAAAAUACAAAGAAUAGAAAAAAAUCGAUUAUCAGGUAGGAUCGAAACUUUGAGUAGUAGAAAUUAGUUUCAGCAAUCGAAUUUCUUCUACUCUUUCGGCUCUAUGUGCCUACAGAAGUAUAAAACAAUUGCAUUGCAUUGAACUGAUAUCUCUUCGGGUUGUAUGGAUGUUGAUUAAUUAUUUAGCAUUAAAAAUAUAUUUAUCAAUCAAAAGUAAAUUAAACCUUAUAAUUUCAUGAAUUUUUGUCAUACAGGUAGAGAUUUUAGAUAAUUUAAUGGUGUUAAAAGGUGUUAAUAUUGCAAUUAGUAUAAUUUUACUGAGUUUGAUUAUGUAACUUAAUAUGUAAGAAUGUUAGAUCUCGAGCUAGAAGUUAAGUUAAUAAAAAUGGAUUGAAUGUAUAAAAAUAGAUACCGAAAGAAGCUCCAUCACGUUUUUGUGAGAAUUAGUGGAAGAGUAAAGCCAACAUAAAUUGGUAGUGUUAUGAGACGCUUUAAAUUUUAGUAUACCCAUAUACCCGUAAGCUGUUGGCUAUGCCCACGAUCGGUAUUACAUGCAAGAUUAUAUCUAUGCGUUUAUGUCUGCUUAACUUCUUUUAAAUAUUUUUUAUUCCAUUUUGCGAUGCCUGGUUUGGUAAAUGGUCAUCGUAAAAUUAUGAAAUUUGUACCAAUUUUACCUAAAUAUUUUGUUAAGAAGAGCUUGUAAAGAAGAAUAUAGAAGGUCUUAUAUUUUGGAUUUUCAUUUAUU